UUCUGUAACUUCGCCAAUCCGAAUAAGUGGCAACGUUGUCACGCAAGUGCAGACGUAAUAUAACUAGCUCUGAUAUAACCAUAAUAGUCACGACGAUUCGACGAAGGAUAUCCAAUCGUUCUUAAAAUGGCAUCCGGAAUGCGUUUUGCUUUUUCCGUCAUCAGGCCCGUCAACUUGGCUUGUGUCAGGUUCCAGAGCACAGCAGCUCAGACGAAAGUUUAUGAAACCAAACCCAAGUCAGCAGAGAAAGUUGCGUUUGACUGGCGUGAUCCCCUGAACUUGGAAUCUCAACUGACUGAAGAUGAGAUAAUGAUGCGGGACAGUUUCAAGACCUACUGCCAGGAAAAGCUCAUGCCUCGCAUCACAAUGGCCAACAGACAUGAAGUUUUCCAUCGAGAAAUCAUGCAAGAGAUGGGAGAGCUUGGCGUCUUGGGGCCAACAAUUGAGGGAUAUGGCUGUGCUGGGGCCUCAUCUGUAGCUUAUGGCUUGUUGGCCAGGGAGGUGGAGCGAGUGGACUCGAGCUACCGUUCCGCCUUCAGUGUCCAGUCCUCAUUAGUCAUGUACCCCAUCGACGCCUUCGGAACCACCGAGCAAAAGGAGAAGUUUCUUCCCAAACUUGCCAAGGGAGAGUUGGUGGGCUGCUUCGGUUUGACCGAGCCCAAUCACGGCAGCGAUCCUGCCGGAAUGGAAACCAAAGCCAAACACGACGCCAAGGCGGGCGUUUACAUUCUCAACGGAAGCAAAACUUGGAUCACCAACAGCCCCAUCGCCGAUGUCGCCGUCGUCUGGGCCAAAUCGCUGGACGAGGGCAACAGGAUCCGAGGAUUCCUGGUCGAACGAGGCACCAAAGGAUUCACCACGCCUAAAAUCGAAGGCAAAUUCUCUCUUCGAGCUUCUACCACCGGCAUGAUCAUGUUGGAAGACGUCGUCAUACCCGAGUCCAACAUGCUACCCAAAGUUCACGGCCUAAAAGGUCCGUUCAGUUGCCUCAACAGCGCCCGUUACGGAAUCGCUUGGGGCACACUAGGAGCUGCCGAAUUCUGCCUGGCAGCCGCCCGUGACUACACUCUCCAGCGACAACAAUUCGGUCGUCCUCUGGCCGCUACUCAACUCAUCCAGAAGAAAAUGGCUGACGCCAUGACCGAAAUCGCGCUGGCCCUUCAGGGCUGCAUCCAAGUCGGCCGUCUCAAGGACAACGGACUAGUCACGCCCGACAUGAUUUCGCUAUUGAAGCGGAAUUCUUGCGGCAAGUCGCUGGACAUUGCCCGGGCCUGCCGAGAUAUGUUGGGUGGCAACGGAAUUUCGGACGAGUACCACAUCAUCCGACACGUCAUGAACUUGGAAGCCGUCAAUACCUACGAAGGCACUCACGAUAUUCACGCCCUUAUUCUAGGCCGUGCCAUUACUGGCCUUCAAGCUUUUAGCGGAUCGGGUUAAUAUUUUUUUCUCCCCCCAUUUUUUAAUUGUAAAAAUAACCAAACAAA